AUGGAUGAUUUACCAUUAAAUAUUGCUACAGAUGCUUUAUUACCAUCAUCAUCAUCAUCAUCAUCACCAUCUGAUGAUGAUAAUGUACUACUCAAAGAACAAUCUAAUUUAAAUUCGAAUAAUACAAUAAAUGGUACAUUAAAUUUAAUUAAUACUAGUUUUGGUAUUAGUUAUGAAACGAUGCGAAUAUUAUUUAUUGCUAUUGCUAUAAUAACUGUUCUUAUCUGUCUUACUAUAUGUAUAUGUGCAUGUAUACGUUUGUAUCCUAAACGGUAUGUAUAA